CUUUUCGUACGCGCUCAAUGAAAACAAUACGAAGCGGUUUAAGUAAGUUAAUCGUUACCUAUCUAACGUUUGCUAUCCCAAGACAUUGAACCCGAAUUACAGUAAUGCUUUGCAUUGAAUGACAGAAUAGGUUGUCGUAAUUCACUUGUUUACGAGGGUAUGCAUUGGUUUUUAGUCAGAUGUUUCGUCCCAUUACGGUAGCGUUAAGUGGAUAGACUAGCUGGCCCAUCGUUGUUACUAUCCAUCAUUUCCUCUUUUAUGUCUUUGCCGUCUCAUCAUCACAUGACAAGUCGUUAGACUUCAGACUCCGGGAUCCUCUGAAACUUUUCUCCAGUGGACCGCCUCUCUCUGGUAUGACCAGGCGCAGUAGCCUGCAGGCUUGCUAGCCACAGACGCUGGGAGCCAAUUGUUCGAUGCUUGCUUGCUACAUUCCAGAAUGCCUCCGCUUGGAAGAACCAGUACCAAUCAGGUCAAAAGAACAGUUGGUCAUUUACCAAGUAGGUGUCCUUCCAAGCAAGUUCUAUGAGGUAUUGGCCGACAAGGACUUGGAUGGAUUUAAAGGCCUCAUAGCGUUUGCCAUCCUCUUGAUACUGCUGAACUCCAGUAUGAAGAGUCUGGACCAAUACAUCUGCAGUCUGAUGUAUGUGAGCUGGAGGAAGAGCCUGACGGAGUGUCUCCACAGAGCUUACUUCCAGGGCAGGGUGUACUACACCCUCAAUGUGCUGCGAGAGGACAUCGAUAACCCGGACCAGCGGAUCAGCCAGGACGCAGAAAGACUGUGCAAACAGCUGAGCACCAUGGCCAGCAGGCUAGUCGUGUCACCAUUCACCCUGGGCUACUACACCUACCAGUGCUUCCACAGCACCGGUUGGGUGGGGCCUGUCAGCAUCUUCGGAUACUUCGUCAUCGGAACUGUUGCCAACAAGGUGCUGAUGGGGCCCAUCGUGUCCACGCUGUUUGAGCAGGAGAAGCUGGAGGGGGACUUCAGGUUCAAACACAUGCAGAUCCGGGUCAACGCUGAGUCCGCUGCUUUCUACAGGGCUGGUAAGGUGGAGCACAUGAGGACAGAUUGCAGGCUCCAGGCCUUGCUGCACACUCAGAGAAGGCUGAUGAACAAGGAGUUCUGGCUUUACAUCGGGGUGAACACCUUUGACUACCUGGGGGGCAUCCUCAGCUAUAUGGUCAUCGCCCUCCCUAUUUUCACGGGGGUGUACGACGGGUUGACCCCGGGUGAGCUCAGCGCCCUGAUCAGUAAGAACGCCUUUGUCUGCAUCUAUCUGAUAAACUGCUUCACUCAGCUGAUUGACCUGUCCACCACAGUGUCAGAUGUGGCUGGCUACACACACAGGAUUGGUGAGCUGAAGGAGGUGAUGGAUGAUAUCAUCAGGAAGCAGUGUGACUACGAUCCUACUUCUGGGGACACAUAUGACUUCGACAGUGACUUGGAGGUCCACACCGGCCCCACUGACACGGCCUUCAUUCUGGAGCGGCUGUCCUACAAGUCUCCCUUCUCAGACGAGCUGCUGGUGAAGGACCUGAGUCUGAAGAUCUGCCAGGGGACACACCUGCUGGUGGUGGGCAACACAGGCACGGGGAAGACCUCCCUACUGCGGGUCCUCAACCGACUCUGGGAGUCCUCCAGCGGCUAUGUGCAGAUGACCAUGUGCUUCGGGCCCAGGGGAGUCCUCUUCCUGCCGCAGAAGGCCUAUCUGACCGAUGGAACACUCAGAGAGCAGGUUAUCUACCCAUUGAAAGAGAUAUACCCUGUGUCAGGGCCAGUAGACAAUGAGAGGAUCAUUCAGUACCUGGAACUGGCUGGAGUGUCCAGCCUUUUGAAACGGACAGGGGGCCUAGAUGAGAGGGUGGACUGGAACUGGUAUGAUGUCCUGUCCCCAGGGGAGAUGCAGAGACUGUGCUUCGCUCGACUCUUCUACCUGCAGCCCAAAUACGCAGUGCUGGAUGAGGCAACCAGCGCGCUGACUGAGGAGGCGGAGGGCCAACUGUACCGGGCCUGUAAGCAGCUGGGCAUGACUCUGCUCAGCCUGGGCCACCGCAGCAGCCUGCAGAAGUAUCAUGAUGUGAUGCUGAGCCUGUGUGGAGAUGGUCGCUGGGAGCUGACCAAACUGAAAAUGGAGUGACUGCCUGCUAAGAGAGCCAGGAUGCAUCCAGAGGACUUCCAGUCCAGGUCACCAGGGAAUUCUACUCCUUCAAACUGGAAUCACUGUGGAUGUUACUGGAAUGUACACAUUGUCAGUGUCACACUUUCCUGUGAUGCAUUGAACAGACUAUCCCGCAUGUUUAAUCUUUUUUAUAUUAAAGUGGAAUUUCUCACAGAGAAUGUUUUUUUGUAUUCUCUCUGAAGAGGUAUUUUGUAAUGGUCUCCUCAGCCACAAAUGAACUACCAUGGCAUGCAUUUUAUGCCCCAUGCAUCGUAAAAGGUAAUGGAGUGAGAUCCCUGGCUCGUCAAGAUGACAUCACCUUUAACUGAGUCAGUUUAGUUAAUUUUACCAUGA